GUCCCUUAUUUCCGGUUCUUUCCCCGCCCCCCCUUUUUUCCUUCCGACAGAAAAAUCGGUGGUGCGGUCGGUUAGAAUCUUCAGUUCCCGCCGGGGUUGGCCUCCCCUGAGGCCGGGAAGUUCUCUGGCCACACGGUCCGAGGGCGGCCCCCCUCACUUGCACCAUGGCCCGAAAUGCAGAAAAGGCCAUGACGGCCUUAGCAAGAUUUCGCCAAGCUCAAUUGGAAGAGGGAAAAGUGAAGGAACGAAGACCCUUCCUUGCCUCAGAAUGUACUGAGUUGCCCAAAGCUGAGAAGUGGAGACGACAGAUCAUUGGAGAGAUCUCUAAAAAAGUGGCUCAAAUUCAGAAUGCUGGUUUAGGUGAAUUCCGAAUUCGUGACCUGAAUGAUGAAAUUAACAAAUUGCUAAGAGAGAAAGGACACUGGGAGGUCCGGAUAAAGGAGCUGGGUGGUCCUGAUUAUGUAAAAGUUGGCCCUAAAAUGCUGGAUCAUGAAGGCAAAGAAGUCCCAGGAAAUCGAGGUUACAAAUACUUUGGAGCAGCAAAAGAUUUGCCUGGUGUUCGAGAGCUAUUUGAAAAAGAACCUCUUCCUCCUCCAAGAAAGACACGUGCUGAGCUCAUGAAGGCAAUUGAUUUUGAAUACUACGGCUACCUAGAUGAAGAUGAUGGUGUUAUUGUGCCUUUGGAACAGGAAUAUGAAAAGAAAUUCAGAGCCCAGUUAGUGGAAAAGUGGAAAGCAGAGAGAGAGGCUCGGCUGGCAAGAGGAGAAAAGGAAGAGGAGGAGGAAGAGGAGGAAGAAAUCAACAUCUAUGCUGUCACGGAGGAGGAGUCUGAUGAGGAAGGCAGCCAGGAGAAAGGAGGCGAAGAUGAGCAGCAGAAGUUCAUCGCCCAUGUCCCUGUGCCAUCGCAGCAAGAGAUCGAGGAGGCACUUGUGCGAAGGAAGAAGAUGGAACUCCUCCAGAAGUAUGCAAGUGAGACCCUGCAGGCCCAGAGCGAAGAGGCCAAAAGACUCAUGGGAUAUUAGGGCUGAGUGAGGGUGCUCCCUGGGUCUGGAAACCUGUUGGAAGUUCUUCAGCCCCAGCUGGCCCUUGCAUUAACCUACAGGGUUCUGCUGUCCUGGGACUACAGACUGGCAGGCUAGUGCGGCAAGGCUCCCUGCUACUUCUUACCAUUCGUUCUUUUACCUUUUCUUACCUCAGCUAUGGUCUCAGGGGAGGAGUCUGUCCCAUCCCUCCCUUGCAGGCUGCCUACAUGCUAUCAGUUUAGCUGUCACCUUUGUACAAAUGUUUUGCUACUGUAUGAACCCACUUAUUUUUAUAUUGAAUGUGUAAAACAGGCUGCUAACUGGCUGCCUAUAGGUGUUUUAUUUAUCCUUUAAUGCCAUUUGGUGAGGAGGGUGAUCAAUUAGUGACCACCAUUUAAAAAAAUGAAGUUUUUCCUAACAAGACAUUAUUUGUAACUCCUCUUGAAAAAAGGAAAUGUGUCAACCCUGAGCCCACAUCCCAUGUGUCAGUAGCCAGCCAGAGCUGUACCUUUUGGCAUAGUUUUCUGUGGCCUGCUCAGCUUGCCUCAUUCCCUCCUGCCCAGGUGGCAGGAAAUUGAAUUUGCUAUUUCUGUUUUAUGACUGGUUCUGUAGAGAGCUAUUUUUUAAAAAUUAAAAUUUAUUUUUUUAAAUUAAAUUUAUUGGGGUGACAUUGGUUAAUAGAAUCAUAUAGGUUUCAGGUAUAGAUGUCUAUGAUACAAGAUCUAUAUGUUGCAUUGUGUACCCACAAAUCAAAGUCAAUCUUCCAUCACCAUAUAUUAGGCCACUUGAGAGCUAUUUUUAUUAAAGAUUUUUAUAUGAAGGGGAAACCUCCAUGCCUGCAGCUGCUUGUUCCCUGGUCUCCCUGUAUCAAGGUGAUGGUUGCAUUAAGCUGAGGUCAGUGGGCAGAGCCAACCUUCCUGUGCCCCCUAAGUGGCCUGGGUGAAAGUACACUGGGGAUGCCCAGGAAGCACCAGUUGGAUCCAAACCUGCCACCUGAGCUGGGUCUUUUCUUUCCAGUGGGAGAACUGACAGCAGAGGUGCAGCCUCUAGGGCAGUGUUGGGGGGCCUCCCCAUAUGCAGAGGGGUCCUGGGAGUGUCUGAGAGUCAGUGUCAGGGCCAGGAGAUGUUUGGUUCUUCAGGUGAGUCUUGGCUUCUUUGAAGGAAAUGCUGGUGUACCCCAACCCCCACCCAAGCCGCUGGGCAAAUGUGUGCAGGGUCCAGGGAGGGGUUGAGGUAGGAGCUCUGGGAGUGGAGGCCUUGGGGCAGAGCAGAGUCAGAUUCAGCUCUGGGACCCAGUACCCAGCCCGGGCCUGGCCCGAACUAGGAGGUUCAGGUGCACAUUUAGUGGGGGCUUUGAAUAAGCCCCUCCAGGUACCUGGCCUCAGUUUCCCUGCCUUAAAGUCCAGGACUGGACUUGUGAGUCUGACCCAGGGUCUGGGCAGUCCCUGCUGUGGGCAGAGAAAAGGAAGGACCCUUGGCACAGCCUGGCCCACAUCAGAGCCUCUGGGAUGGGUGUGAGUGCCCGGCUCAAUGUGGUUUUUCUUUCAAGGGGCACAUUGGGCUUGGGGCUGCCUUGCAUUCACUGAGAGCAGGAAAUUCAGACAACGGUGUUUCUUCUCCCUGGAAAAGGUGUUGGCAAGUGCCUGGAGUUGGCCCAUCUGGAGUUUCCAGGGCUCUGGGCCUCCCUCACUCUGUCAGCGGAAUUCAGCAGCCUCCUGCCACCUGGGACAGACAGACAGGAGGCCCUGCUCCAGCCCUUCUGGUUACUAAGCUCCUCCCAGCCCAGGAUCUCAUCUUGGCAUCCCUGAUGCAGGCAGGACGGGAAUUAAGAAUCCUAUGUCCUUGGAAACGGAGGCCCCAAGUGGAGAAACGACUUGCCCAAGUGCAUACAACUAGUCAGGGCAGGCCUGGACUUGGCAUGGAGGUUGGUCUGAGCCCAUGAUGUCAGUUUGUCUCAGAACGAGGCUUGGCCGGUGGAUGCAUGCCACCUGGCUGCCAUGAGCAGUCAUGCCAUGCUCUCUUCAUCUCACCCCUUCGGCCGAGGCCUUUUGUGAGCGGCCAGGAGCAAACCCAUUAUCGUGGUGGACUCUGGGUUCACAGGAUUCCUGGUGCCCGGAGCCAGUUCAGGCCUCAGCAGUGCUUUCAGCACCUAGGUGCCAAGCCCCUUCUCGGCGCUGCGCUGGGAAUAAGCAGUGAACAAGAGUCUGGCCCUCACGGGGUUCUUAGAUUUGACUUGGAAUAAGAGCUAAACUUCCUUCCCUGACUACAGAAGUACCUGGCCUGACAUCCUGCUGCUUUUCCUGGCAGAGAUGGGAUCCACCCCAGGCUUCUUCCUGUCUUACAGGUCCUGGCUACUUGUUUGCCAGAGACCCCAGAAAUGAAAUCUCUGCAGGACCCGCACCACAGGCCAGGGACAGCAGGGAAACCUGAGUUGGCUUGGAUGUGACCACUGGUGGGUGUGACCACUGGUGGAUGUGACCACUGGUGGGUGUGACCACUGGUGGGUGUCACCACUGGUGGCCCAGCUCAUGCUCUGUCAGGAUUCUUUGUUUACCAAACCGGUUUCAUGGUUUCCAUUACCUUUGGUUCUGCCUGAGUUUCCUAAAUGGCAGCUUUCUAUAUACACAUUUCCAUGGACUUCCCUCCCCUCCCCUCUCCCCAUUGGUCUUCUGUGUCUAAAACAUCAAUCUUCCUUCUGUUUUGUUUUAAGAUUUGUCCUGUCAGCCUCACCUAGACUUCCUACUGCCUUCCCUCCCCUGCACCCUAUCCCCUGCGCUCUGCCCCCUGACUUCACUUCACAUGCCCCUACUUUGGGUAAUUUAUAAACGAGAUUAAAAACAUUUUUUAAAAAUUAUUUAUUACUGAUUUUUAGAGAAAGAAGAAGGGAGGGGGAAAGAGAAACAUCGAUGUAAGAGUGGAACAUCAAUUGGCUGUCUCCUGCACACCCCCAGCAGGGAUCUAGCCUGCAAACUAGGCAUGUGUCCUGACUGGGAAUCGAACUGGCAAACUUUCAGUGCCUGGGACAACAACACCCAACCAACUUUCCUCCGCACCAUGGGCUGCUGUGAGAGGGAUGGCUUACUAAUGGAGAAUCAAGGGGCUGGUUUUGCUGACUCAUCAAAUGCCUUACCCCCCCAACUCCAUCCUUUACAACUGUCCCAUCUUACUGCUUCCUCCCAAAGCCCCUGCUCACAUUAAUGCAGCAGGAUCCCCCCUGGAGUCACCGGGUGUUCUCUCACUUCCAGCAUGUACUGCUUGGCUAAUGACACAGGUCCACUGGGAAACUACAAGUGGCAUCCUGGCCCUUCAGGCAUCUUUACAUCUGCUUCCUUCCUGCUUUAACUCCCCCCCCACCCCCACCCGCAACACACACUUCCACCCCAAACAAAUGAAAAAAAACCCAUAGAGGUAAUAUCUUCUGUAGGGCUGACCCCGUACUACAGACUUCCUACACGGUACUUUUCUUCGAGUCGCUGAGCCUGGGUUCCCACCUCACUAAGAUGAGUGGGACAGGCAGAUCUGCUCCCAGGCCUGUCUGGGCCCUGUAGGAUCCUGUGAAAACUGGUGUGGGGGAAGAAGAAACUUCUCUGCUCUCAAGGUUCUUCUGGCUGGUCUACUAAUUAAAUAGACGUGAGACAGC